AUGACGAGCAGGUCCGCCAAGAAGGACUCCCGCAGAGCUGGAGGAAGUGAAGAUGACUGGCAGAAUUCGAAAAUGACGUGGCCACAGCCCCAAGACGGCGCAUAUAAGUCAGACCUCUCGUCCAAGCAUUCGGGCGACGAGCUCCGCCAACAAACAACCCUCCGGGUUCAAAAAUUGGCCGCGUUGAGACAGCAUGCGGAUUCACUGGAACCAGCGAUCCAGAGCAAGGCGAGAAGACAGGCUGAUGAGCAGAAGAGCAGCGCGGAUCUGGAGAUGCAAUUGAAUUGCAAGAUCGAAGAAAUGCAAAGGCGAAUUGAAGCGCUGGAAACGGAGAACGAGGAGCUGAAAACCAAGAUCAGAACUCAGGACGCGAAGUACCUCGAGUUAUGGGAGGAAAGCGAAGUGAUCUGGGAGAGCAUUGAGCAUGUGACUGGAAAAGUGGUGAAAGUCAAGGGGAUGAUCGAUGAUCUUUGA